AGUACGGGCUCUGACAGCGCCGCACGCGCCCGCCCGCCCGCAGUAGGGAGGGGAGAGAAGCCAGCGAGGAGGAAGGGGAGGAAGAGAGAAAGGGAGCGAAGCUAUGAGAUCUGAGCACCAGCGGCCGAGGAGACGUCGGUGCCCGUCUUGCUGCUGGUGCGUUCAGUCCUGAGUUGAAACAUGUUUAGAGCUCAGAAUGUGGAGAUUUCAAAUACUGUUCUGAAGAAAUUAGUAUGCCACAAGUGGUUAAAGAUCUAACUCAGAAACACUUUCACUGAUCUAUGCUGUCCUGACCUUAAAACAAGAAUUAGUAAUGAAGCCACCAUUAUGUCCUCAGUCAACGAAGUGAAUGCUGACCUCAAAGAGUUGUUAAAAAACAUUAACUUGGAGCAGUAUCUUUUGCGCUUUCAGGAGUCUGGCUACCAUACUGUGAAGGACUGUGCAGAGAUAAAUGACAGCAUACUACAGAAAAUUGGAGUGUUGCCUACAGGCCAUCGAAGAAGGAUCCUCAAACAGUUAGAGAUGAUCCUUUCAAAACUGCAAGACCCUGUUGUAUAUGCAAAUGUCCAGAAAAGAAAGAAGGACCCAGUGAUAUUAAAGGAUGAACAAGCUUUGUCUUCUGGUCCCGAUACCUGGAUAAAACUUGCUGGUUUGUGUGGGAAUCAGAGCAUUGGCCUAGAGUCGUUGGAGGCUUCAGCAACAAUUCCUGGCAGAAAUGAUAUCUGUAAUGAAAAUAGGCAGUCUACAGAAUCAGUUGAUACAUCUUCCCUCACUAAACAGAGUGAUUUUCCUCUUCUAGACAGUAUGUCCCCACAGAGUUUGGAUUGUUGUCAAAAUGUUGCCCUUGACAGUGGAAAUACAGAGAAUACAGCUUUGGUUACAAAAAAGAAUGUGGAUUGCGCAGAAGAAAAAGAACAAAUAGGAAAAGUUGGUUGGAACUUAGACAAUCCUGAAGUCUUUCAUAAUGAGGACAGAGGACCUCCUUCCUCCAUUGAUUAUUCUAUUUCCAAAACGAGUUUUGAAAAUGAGCCUGGGAUUUUAUCAGCUAGACCACCUCCAUCUCCAUUCUUUGAAUUUAAAGGAGAGAUGAUUGUAAAUGACUUGUAUAUAUCAUCAACACAAAAUCUAGUACCUAUGAGGAGUCGUAGCAAAUUGGUUUCCAGACCAUCACGAUCUUUCAUGCUGAGACACAGGCCUGUGCCAGAAAUCCCCGUGUCAUCCAAAGGAGCUGUGUCAGGGAGCUAUGCCCGCGAGAGGAGAAUUGGUGGUAACUCCAAUGGAAAGACAUUCACUAUGCAAAAGUCACUUGAAGAACAGUCAUCUUUGAUCUUUCCACAUGGAGAUACUUUUCUUUUUAAGAGCACAGAAAAUUCCAAGAAAUCCUUGAAAAAUGAAUUUUGGACUGUGGAAGAAAAACUUAAAAAAGAAGCAGGUCCUGAAAGGAGUUUGUUUUUUGGACAAUCAAGCAUAUAUGAUAACAGAAUGAGAACAUGUGAAGACAAAGUGGAAGAUAUUUGGAUUCCUCGAGAAGAUAAAACUGCUGUUCCAUUAGACUCUGCUUCUGAGUCAGAAUAUUCCACUGUGGAAGAAUGUUUUAACAGUUUAAGAAGAGGAAAUUCCAAGGUGUCCAAGUCCAAGGCUCAAAAAGGGAGUUUGGAUUUAGCUGCUAACAGGCACAGUUAUCCACAAAGUUCCAUUAGUGGACUUGUUGAUCAACCAACCUUGACUUCAAACUCCAUAUCACCCUAUGCAUGUUAUUAUGGAUCAUCAGCAAAAAAGGUCAAAUCAGGAUGGCUGGAUAAGCAGUCUCCUCAAGGAAAACGUAUGUUUCAGAAGCGAUGGGUGAAAUUUGAUGGCUUUUGCAUUUCUUAUUACAAUAAUGAAAAGGAGGUAUAUUCAAAAGGAAUAAUUCCUCUCUCUGCUGUAUCAACAAUUCGGGGUCAGGGAGACAGCAAAUUUGAAGUUGUAACAUCACAAAGGACUUUUGUAUUUAGAGUAGAAAAAGAAGAGGAAAGAAAUGACUGGAUCACUAUUCUGCUAAAUGCACUGAAAUCUCAGCCGCUUGCUCCUCAGUCUCGAUCAGUUCUACCUGAGAAGUGUGGAUAUCUGGAAUUAAGAGGAUACAAAGCUAAAAUUUUUACCGUGUUGAAUGGAAGCAAUGUGUGGCUCUGCAAAAAUGAGCAGGAUUUUAAGAGUGGACUUGGUAUUACUAUAAUUCCUAUGAAUUUAGCAAAUGUAAAACACGUGGAUCGGACUGUAAAACAAUGUUUUGAAAUAAUCACUCCCUACAGAAGUUUUAGCUUUACAGCAGAGUCGGAGAAAGAGAAGCAAGAGUGGAUUGAAGCCGUGCAGCAAUCGAUAGCAGAAACUCUCUCGGAUUAUGAAGUAGCUGAGAAGAUUUGGUUCAAUGAGUCAAACAAGAACUGUGCUGAUUGUAAAGCGCCAGAUCCUGACUGGGCAUCCAUCAAUCUCUGUGUUGUCAUUUGUAAGAAGUGUGCAGGACAACACCGAUCUUUAGGACCAAAAGAUUCAAAAGUUCGCAGUCUGAAAAUGGAUGCCAGCAUUUGGAGUAAUGAACUCAUUGAGCUUUUUAUUGUCAUUGGAAACAAAAGAGCAAAUGACUUUUGGGCUGGAAAUCUUCAAAAAGAUAAAGAAUUACAUGUAGAUGCUCCAGUAGAAGAAAGAAAACUUUUUAUUACUCAGAAAUAUAAAGAAGGACGAUUCAGAAAAACCCUUUUAGCCUUUCUUACCAAAGAAGAGUUAAACAAGGCCUUGUGUGCUGCAGUAGUUAAACCAGAUGUUCUUGAAACAAUGGCGUUAUUGUUUAGUGGAGCUGAUGUAAUGUGUGCAACUGGAGAUCCUGUUUACAGCACCCCCUACUUACUAGCUAAGAAAGCGGGACAAAGUCUGCAAAUGGAAUUUCUCUAUCACAAUAAAUUCUCAGAUUUCCCCAAACAUGACAUUCAUUUUGAAAGUGGAUUACCUCAAGAAUCUUCACAUUCCACUUUUCUCUGUGACUUUUUGUAUCAGGUUCCUUCUGUGGCCGCUAAACUAUCUACAGAGAAAAAAAUGAUUGAAGAAACAAAUAAAAAAUGGUGUGUUUUGGAAGGGGGCUUCUUGAGUUAUUAUGAAAAUGAUAAGGCAACAACUCCUAAUGGCACAAUUAAUAUGAAUGAAGUUAUCUGCCUUGCUAUACACAAAGAGGACUUCUAUAUAAAUACCGGGCCCAUCUUUACCUUUGAAAUAUACUUAGUCUCAGAGCGUGCUUUUUUAUUUGGUGCUGAAACUGCGCAGACUCAAAGAAAAUGGACACAGGCAAUAGCCAAGCAUUUUGUUCCCUUUGCUGCUGAAAAUUUAGCAGAAGCUGAGUAUGACUUGAUUGGUCAAUUGUACUACAAAGAUUGCCAUACCCUGGAUCAGUGGAAAAAAGGAUGGUUUGCUAUGGACAAGUCUAGACUACAUUUUUGCCUUCAAAUGGAAAAUGCUGAAGAAGAGUUGAUGUAUUUAAGGAGAUUACAGGAACUAACAAUCAGCACAGUGAUCCAAAAUGGAGAAAAAAUAGAUGUCUUGCUCUUGGUUGAAAAAGGAAGAACAUUAUACAUCCAUGGUCAUACUAAGUUGGAUUUCACAGUCUGGCAUACUGCAAUUGAAAAAGCUGCAGGUACAGAUGGUAAUGCAUUACAAGACCAGCAGCUCAGCAAAAAUGACGUUCCCAUUAUAGUAAACAGCUGUAUAGCAUUUGUUACACAGUAUGGUUUAGGAAGCAAGCAUAUCUAUCAGAAAAAUGGUGACUCUUUCCGCAUAAGUGAGCUCCUGGAAAGUUUCAGAAAAGAUGCAAGAAGCUUUAAAUUGAGGGCUGGGAAGCAUCAGCUAGAAGAUGUGACUGGCGUGUUGAAAAGUUUUCUGUCUGACAUAGAUGAUGCGCUUCUUACUAAAGAGCUGUAUCCGUACUGGAUCUCUGCAUUAGAUACUCAAGAUGACAAAGAAAGGGUUAAAAAAUACAGCACAUUUAUCCGUACACUUCCAGGGGUCAACAGGGCAACUUUGGCAGCUAUAAUUGAACACCUUUACAGGGUUCAGAAAUGCUCAGAGAUCAACCAGAUGAACUCUCACAGUUUAGCUAUGGUAUUUUCAUCCUAUUUGUUUCAAACUAAAGGACAAACUAGUGAAGAAGUAAAUGUAAUUGAAGACCUAAUUAACUAUUAUGUUGAAGUGUUUGAGGUUAAAGAAGAUCAAGUUAGGCAAAUGGAUAUAGAGAACAGCUUUAUUACUAAGUGGAAAGAUACUCAAGUUUCACAAGCUGGAGAUUUGCUCAUUGAAGUAUAUGUUGAAAGAAAAGAACCUGACUGUAGCAUCAUAAUAAGAAUAUCACCUGUAAUGGAAGCAGAAGAAUUGACAAAUGACAUAUUAGCAAUAAAGAAUAUCAUCCCUGCCAAAGGGGAUAUAUGGGCUACAUUUGAAGUCAUUGAAAAUGAAGAACUUGAGCGCCCACUUCACUAUACUGAGAAUGUGCUAGAACAAGUACUUCAGUGGAGCUCAUUAGCAGAGCCUGGCACCGCGUACUUGGUGGUGAAGAGAUUUCUAACCAUGGAUGUAAUUAAACACUACAAUGAAAAGAGUGCAAUGGAAAGUGUAAAAGAAGGAGUCUUGAAAUUCAAGGAAGAACCUUCUAAAAUAUUGUCUGGAAGUAAAUUUCAAGAUCGGUACUUUGUUUUGCGAGAAGGCUAUCUCUUUCUUUAUAAAGAUAUAAAGAGUAGCAAACCAGAUAAAAUGCUUCCUCUCAACUCACUGAAGUUUUACCUUGGUGUGAAAAAGAAAAUGAAAACUCCAACAAGUUGGGGACUGACAGCAUGUUCAGAGAAACACCACUGGUAUAUGUGUUGUGAUGGUCCAGAAACACAGAUGGAAUGGUUGACCAGUGUUUUUCUUGCCCAGCAUGAUAAUGAUAUAUGGCCACCAGCUGGAAAAGAACGUAAGCGAUCUAUAACCAAAAAUCCCAAAGUUGGCGGUUUGCCUUUAAUUCCCAUCCAACAUGAGAAAAAUACUAACCAAGCCAGAAGAAAUAUAGAGAAUGCAAAAGCAGGACUUGAAAAGCUGAAGCCUCCUGAAAAGCAGGAAAAAGAGCAAAUGGAAACUAGUCUAAGAGAGCGAGCCUCCAUGGUGGCACAUUGCCUGGAACGCAAGGAGGACAAACUCCGAAACCGGACUAAAAAACACCGGAGUUUGAACUGUCUGGAGGACUCAGGUGCUGAUAUUCUUCACAGUCAUCACAAAUCACAUAAAGACUUCAAGAUUCUGAGGAAGAUUGAGGACAAAAAUAGCAAAUCUACUUUGGAAGCUGAUAACAAAUUACCAUCCAAAGUGAUUGAGGAACUCAAUGUUGUUCUACAGAGAACAAGAACCCUCCCGAAAGAUCCAUAGUGGGGAUUUGACCAAAAGGAAAAAUUGGUUUCCUUAAACAGUGUAUAAUAGGUUCAUUGGUAAUGCACAGAAUAGCCAAGACAAGGCUCCAUGUUUGUAAUUACUACAAAAUGCCGAGAAGUUUAAUACAAAGUAUGUGUAUAUGUGGUACCAUUAAAUGAGUAUGGUAAGAUUUACUGUUGUGAAUAUAGAUUAAUGUAAAGUUAUAAUGGAAUCAUUCACUUUUGUACAGUCAGACGUUUCCUCUGAGGACUCUGCCUAUUUUAAGUAGUGACGGUUAUUAGAGAUGUUGAUUAAAAGAGGAAUCCUCUGAAAACAGAGGCCUCAUGAUGCACUGUAUUUAGUAUAUGAUGUGUGUUUUUUUUCCCCAAAAUGAUUUCAUUGAAUUUGAUAGAUAUUGCACUUUGAGAAACUUUGUGUGUUGGGUUGCUGCAUGAUUUUAGGUUUACAGAGCUAAAGCCUUGAAGGGCAUGAUAUUGUGUAAUUAAUGGUUAUCAUUUAGUGGCUUAAUCUGAAUCAGUCCUUGAAAAGAAGAAAAGGAUUUCACAGAUUCUUAGAAACAAGGACUGUGGUGUAACAGAAGCUACUUGGGGUCUGCUUCAGGUCAGUAGUGACUAGAAGCUGUUAAUGGGACUUGGUGUGGCAGUGUGAAGCAGAAGUGAAUCUAGCACUUUUUCUGUAUUUUCCAGUGAAUGGUAUUUAGAUCACUACAGUAGCUUAAUUGUAAACUUGGGUCCCUUUUCGUAGUGUUUUGAGUGAAAUAAGCCAUAGAUUACAUUCACUAAACUUUUGUUCUUUAUAGCUGGCUUGAAAGGCCAUUCAUUAGACAACAAACUAAUAAGCAAGCCUUGAAAGGAGCACAGAUUCUAUUAUAUUCAUUGAUUAUAUAAGAGCAAUAGCUAUAAUCUGUGUGUACGUGUGUGGGUACCCACAUAUCUAUAUCUAUAUCCAUCCCUGUAUAGACAAGUAUAGGGAGAUAUACACAUGCCUAGACAGAUAAUAUAUGUGCGUAUAUGUAUGUACACACAUGUAUGUAUAUACAGAUAUGCACACAGACACAUUAUGUGUAUAUAAUGCACGUGUGUGUAAUUGCUUUUACAUAGUCAAUAGGCACAAUAUAUUUUAUGCUCCUUUAAAGGCUUGCUCAUCAGUUUAUAGUCUGGUAAGGAAUAUAUAUAUAUAUAUAUAAUGUAUAUAUAUACAUGUAUAUGCAUAUGCACUGUAUAUGCAUAUGUAUGCAUGUAUGUAUGUCUGUAAAGCACAAAAACAUUAAGGUUCCCCUUCCCCAUCAGGUAAAACUAAAGAAUGAGAUGUAAUAUUAUUAUUUGAAUGCUGAUAUUUCAUUUGAAAGGUGCUGGGUCACAGAGCUGGAAGGGGCAUUAGCAUUCAUCUAGCCUAACCCUCGAAUUUUACCAGUUAGGAAACUAGGGCACUUAAAGCUUAUGUGACUUGCUCAAAGUCAAUUUUUCACCACGUUGUUGUUGGUCUUCUGUUAAAUUAAAGUAUGGUCAUCUAAGAAACUAUGAUAAAGACAGUUUUUCUGUAUCUCAGUAUAAAGAUAUUGAAGCCCCUCUCCAUUCUAGAUCAAAUGAGAUAAUAUAUGUAAAGCACUUAGCAUAAAGCCUGGCACAUAGUAGGUGCUUAAUAAAUACUUGUUCCCUUCUACCCUAUUGAACUGGACACUGAGUAUGAUUUGCUCCUAAUUUAAUCCUGGAUUAUGGCAAGAUAACACCUUUAUCCCCUAAUUUUCAAGCCUGGAGGAAGUACGAGGACUAAGGUUCAAAUCAUACCUGUGACACUAAUUGUGUGACCUUGGACAAGUCACUUAAACUCCCAGCCCUGAGUUUACUGGUCUGUAAACAUGAAAGGGUCAGGUUUCAAUGAGCAUUGAUGUACCUUUCUGCUCUAGAUCUGUGAUCUUUAUGGAUGAUGUCAGCUUUUAAGUUGGAAAGCAUCUGUACAGCCAACUAUUUUUCUUUUCUGGCAUUCUCCUUCUUAUUGUUAUUCAUUUGUCUUUUAAAUGUCCGGAGUUCAUCUGUAUGGAAAUGUCAUCAAAGAAUGAUCAUACUCUUUGGCCAGUACAGAACCUGAUGCAGUACUCCAUGAUUUAUUGUGCCAUCAUUUUCCUGCAAUGGUGGCAAGAUAAAUAAAUGCUUCAGGCAGCAGAUAGUACUCAAGGAAGGGAGAGAGCUGCUCUUUCAUUGGAAAUGAAUUGUAAAAGGAAGAGAAACUGCAGGACAGUUUACUAAGUAUUCACAACGGUUUGGGAACCUCUGUGGCAGAAACCACGAUAGGUAAGAAGGAAAAAAUCAAUCCACAUGAACUGCUAUUCAUAAUCAUUAUAUUUUAGUUUAGUUUUUGCUUUUAAGUAUGAAGGCAUGUUGAGUAUGAUCUGUUUUGAAGUUGGCCUCUUUUUUUUAAAAAUGCUUUCCAGAGUAUCUGAAGUAUCCCAAGUUGUUCCGGAACUGAAGUUUUACAAGGGUCACCUCCCACCCCUUCAAACAUCACCCCCUUUAUUUUUCUUCUAUGUUGCUGUAAGAGUUGAAUGCUGUACUGUAUGUGAAGUGCCUUGUAAAGUGCUUUGUAAAUGCCAAUUUUUAAUUGUUUGUAACUAUGCCUUAAGAAUUCUAUAAAAAUAGGCUUUUAAAAAUCUGUUUAAAUGUGAUUGCAGUUCUUCCCAAGGAUAUGCACAAGUUGAAAAUGGUUCCGUUAUAGAGAAGUGAUAUCAGAUCAAAUUGUUUGCCAGUUUAUUGAAACAGAUGCUGCCUGGUGUUCCCAGACUGUGUGGCUGAGCUUUCUGCAAUUUGUGAUUCUGACAUUGUCAAUGGAAAAAAGGGGGGGGGGGCGGUGUCUUUCAAAAAGGUAAACUUCUACAUACACUGCAUAGAAGUGACUGGAGGCACUGUUUCAUUUCUAAAAUCACUAAAAUUCAUUUCAAGCACAUUACUUUGUUGUUCUAUUUAAAUUAUAUAACCUGAUGGCUCCUUAAUGCUGCACUGAGAAUUCAAUAUCAAGUCAAAAGCAUCUGGAGAAGAAAUCAGACUUUUAUGCAACUGGAUGCUUGUUUGCCCUAUUAUUUUUUAUCACCCUUCUAUACCAAAAUGUGUAUGAGUUGUAUAUUGCCAGAAUAAAUAGUAUUUUCUUCAAAA